AUGGCGGCAAUGGUGCUGGCGGCGACGCGGCUGCUGCGAGGCUCGGGCUCGUGGGGCCGCUCGCGGCUGAGGUUUGGAGACCCUGCAUACAGACGCUUCAGCAGUGGUGGCGCCUACCCCAACAUCCCCCUCUCUUCCCCCUUGCCCGGAGUACCCAAGCCUGUUUUUGCUACAGUUGAUGGACAAGAAAAGUUCGAAACCAAAGUUACCACACUGGAUAAUGGACUUCGUGUGGCAUCCCAGAAUAAGUUUGGACAGUUCUGUACAGUAGGAAUUCUUAUUAACUCUGGAUCAAGAUACGAAGCGAAAUAUCUUAGUGGAAUUGCUCACUUUUUGGAAAAAUUGGCAUUUUCGUCUACUGAUCGAUUUGACAGCAAAGAUGAAAUUCUGCUUACCUUGGAGAAGCACGGGGGUAUCUGUGAUUGCCAGACAUCAAGAGACACCACCAUGUAUGCUGUGUCUGCUGACUCCAAGGGCCUGGACACGGUGGUGGGCUUGCUGGCAGACGUGGUCCUGCACCCCAGGCUGACAGACGAGGAGAUUGAGAUGACACGCAUGGCUGUGCAGUUUGAGCUGGAGGACCUCAACAUGCGGCCCGACCCGGAGCCGCUCCUCACCGAGAUGAUUCAUGAGGCCGCGUACAGGGAAAACACGGUGGGCCUCCACCGUUUCUGCCCCGUGGAGAACAUCGGGAAGAUCGACCGGGACAUGCUGCACUCCUAUCUGAGAAACUACUACACCCCUGACCGCAUGGUGCUGGCCGGCGUGGGGGUGGGGCAUACGCAGCUGGUGGAGUGCGCCCGGAAGUACCUCCUGGGGACCCGCCCCGCCUGGGGCACUGGGGCGGCCGUGCACGUGGACAGAUCGGUGGCUCAGUACACUGGGGGCAUCGUCAAGCUGGAGAGAGACAUGUCCAACGUCAGCCUGGGCCCCACUCCAUUCCCUGAGCUCACGCACAUCAUGAUCGGCCUGGAGAGCUGCUCCUUCCUGGAGGGGGACUUCAUCCCUUUUGCGGUGUUGAACAUGAUGAUGGGCGGGGGCGGCUCCUUCUCAGCCGGCGGGCCCGGCAAGGGCAUGUUCACCAGGCUCUACCUCAACGUGCUCAACAGGCACCACUGGAUGUACAACGCGACCUCCUACCACCACAGCUACGAGGACACAGGCCUGCUGUGCAUUCAUGCCAGCGCCGACCCCAGACAGGUUCGAGAGAUGGUGGAAAUCAUCACGAGGGAGUUUGUUUUAAUGGCUGGGACUGUGGACGUGGUGGAGCUGGAGCGGGCCAAGACGCAGCUCAUGUCCAUGCUCAUGAUGAACCUGGAGGCCCGGCCUGUCAUCUUCGAGGAUGUGGGGAGGCAGGUCCUGGCCACCCGUUCCAGAAAGCUGCCCCAUGAGCUGUGUGCACUCAUCCGCGACGUGAAGCCGGAGGACAUCAAGAGGGUCGCCUCCAAGAUGCUCCGCGGGAAGCCCGCCGUGGCCGCGCUGGGGGAUCUGAGCGAGCUGCCCGCGUACGAGCACGUGCAGACAGCGCUGGCCAGCAGGGACGGGCGCCUGCCCCGGACGUACCGGCUCUUCCGGUAG